AUGUUAAAAUUAAACGAAGAUAAAACAGAACCGAUAGUAUUUGCUCCAAAAAAACGAGUGAAGGACCUUUCAAACAUGAAUCUUAAUUUUGGUGGAAACAUUGUUAGUGAUGCUGAGUGCGCAAAAAACCUAGGCGUUUAUUUUGAGAAAACUUUAACAAUGGACAAACAAAUUAAUGCUAUAUCAAAAUUAUGUUUCAAUCAGAUCAGAAACAUUGGACGAUUUCGACCUUUUAUUACCGAAGAAGCUUGCAAAACGUUAGUAUGCUCUCUUGUAACCUCCCGGUUAGAUUAUGGUAACGCAUUACUGUAUGGACUCCCUGCAACAUCUAUUCAAAGGUUAAAACGAGUUCAAAACAUAGCAGCUAGGGUCAUUUCAAGGAAGAGGAAGUUCAACCCCAUAACACCAAUCCUCAAGUCUCUCCAUUGGCUGCCUGUAACAUACCGAUGUCAGUUUAAACUUCUAGUGUAUGUGUUCAAGGCUUUCCACGAGGCACCGGUCUACCUACAAGAACUCGUUCAAAUAUACAAACCAAUGCAAGCACUUAGAUCUGAAAAUUCCAUGAUUUUAACAACGCCACGUGUACAUGGUGUGAGAACUAAAACAUAUGGGAAAAGAAGAUUCGACAAAGCAGCAGCCGUUCUGUGGAAUGAUUUACCAAGUGAUCUACGAAACAUCCAUUGUGGGAACGUUUUUAAGAAAAAUUUGAAAACUCAUUUACUCAGACAUGCUUUUAAUAGUUCUUAA